AUGUUUUCGUUCUCGAACCCAGCGGCAACACCGCAACAGGCUGGUCAACAGCAACAUCAGCCGUCGUCCACGCCGUUUGGCGCCAGCACAGGGGGAGGCUUCAACAACUCCUUCUCAACGCCAGGUGGAUUUUCCUUUGGCAACAAUGUCUCGAACAACACAACGCAGCAGCAGCAGCAGGCAGGAACGCCGCAGUCAGGUGCACUCUUCGGACAAAAGCCUUUGUCAGGCACUCCUGGCAUCCAACAGCCGCUACAGCAACAAAACACAGGGUCGCUAUUUGGCAACAACAACGCAACUGCGCCAAAUGCGGGCCAAGCAGGUCAUCAGCUUCAGCAGACGAAUAUGUUUGGCAUGCCGCAAAGCAGUAAUACCUUAUUCGGAUCAUCUUCCUCUUCUGGAUUUGGUGGACAGCCUCAGCCCCAACAACAGCAGUCAUCACAGCCCAACUCUUACGGGCAAGGCGCACUUGGUCUCAACUCAUCCUCUCCCGCUCCAUUCAACGCUCAGCAGCAACAGUUGCAGUCGCAGCCAAAUCAGACCUUUGGUAGUCCCUUCCACAAUCAGAACGCUCAGCAACAGCCACAACUGUCGCAGGCAAGUUUCAUGCAACACAAUGGGCAGCAACAUCACCAGCAGCAAGCGAUCGACCAACAAAGGUUCAAUCUGGAACAGCAGAGUCAAAAUAUGAGUUACAUCCCAGGCUACCUCAGCCGCACCAAGAUUGUGAAGCCAUACAAGCUUCCUGCGCGCCAAGUGGAACCUACGUCGCCUGAAGCAGCACAGGAUGUUGAUACGAGCAUCACUUUUGGCACUCCCGCUUCGAAAUCUGGCAAGGAGGACAGCACUCCUUCGUCCAAGGGCCAAGCUUCUCCUACUGGCCGCUUCAGCUCGAGCUUCUUCAAUGAUAGGCGCGACGACGCAUCCUUUACUCGAGCCGGCUCGGUUGGGCCUGGCACGCCAUGGCGAGGUGGCAAGGAAAGUAUCUUUGGUGCCGGGGGUUUGCGUGGUGGGCGUCAAUCUGCUACACCCGCUCCUGCAACAGCAUCAGCUACGCCUGCUCGAAAGACUCCCGCGGAAUCCCCCGCCCGCAGCAGCCGUUCCUUUUCGACCCCUCCUGCAACAUCCACUUCCUUCAGCGCGGCACCCGGCUCCAUGGAUCAAGACGAUGAUGAGGAUGCCCCACCCAAUCAACGACUUGAGGAUCAAGCUUCUGCUGCGGCCAAAUCGUCCUUUCUGGGUAUCUCUUCUGAAGGCUCCUUUACAAACAAUCUCCGCUCUCCCUACAACACGGAUUCGUCAUCUGCGCAGUUGCUUCCCGGACGUUCUACCUUGACGACACCAUCCUCCACGGCCGCAUUUUCAAGGACAUCACCGUCAGUAACCACGGUCUCCGCAACCGAUGGAGUUCUGUCGCCCGAUUCGGCGGAAUCGGAUACCGCUUUGGGCUUGGCACAACGCACUGUCCUGGUAUACGGGUACCCGACUUGGAUGGAGAAAGCAGUCCUUGAGCUCUUUGCCAGCAUCGGCGGGGUCGAGUUAGUUGAAGCCAUUGACCUUACCGGCAGUGGCUCAGCUCAAGAGCAGGCUGCAGAUCAGCCUUCCGCGCCUCCGCUGUCGUGCUGCACUCGUCUCCGUUACACUGAAGCCUUCCAGGCGCUUCAUGCUCUGCGUCGCAGCGGCGAGAUCGUCGCUGGUGCAUGCAUGGUCGGAGUUCGAUGGGAAGACGACAACUUCCACCAGGUUGCCCUUACCAACGGUGCCGAUGCUGUCUUCCGAAUGGACGUCUUCCCCUCGCGUCACACAGCUGAAACGUACAAAGCGUCUUCCAAGUCGAUCGCUGUUGCCUCGCUCGAAGCAGCUGGUGCAUCCGCUGUCUCUUUGUCACGUGCUAAAGCUGCCAAUCCAUCCAGCCUUGCCAGCAAUGACGCUUCGAACAAACAGAACAACCGCCACUCCAUCGCAUUUGGUCAAGGUGUCAGCGCCCAUUCUGGCCGCAAGGACAUAGCGACUGCGUCUGGUGCCGCGACGCCGUCGGCAGGCAAUAAUGUGUCGUAUCCUGCCUUUGGUCGACCGCUUUCGGUCAUCAAUGAUCCUUCAAUUGCUUUCAAGACGUCGGCUUCGACUAGUAAUUUGAGCGGUCUCGCCGGCUCGCCUUUCAAGGCAGCAUCUUCCCUGUUUGGCUCGGGCGCUGCUGCUUCUUCCAAGCCUGCCACCACCUCUUCGAACGCUGGCACAGCUGAUCAGAAACCUGCAGCUGCCACUGCGAGCACGAGCAUGCUCGGUAGAAUCACCGACGGCAUCUUUGGUUGGUAA